AGGGAUAGGAUGUGGACUUUUAUCGCUUUGAUAUGCUUGUCCCAAGGACUUGUGCAUUCAAAAGAACAAAUGAGGACUAAGAGAGCUACUGAUCCAGAAGCUUUUAUGAGUAUUAAUGAACUUAUUAUCCACAAAGGCUACCCCAGUGAGGAGCAUGAAGUGGUGACAGAAGAUGGCUAUAUUCUUAGCAUUAACAGAAUACCAUUUGGUGUUAAGAAUCAGGGGAAUUCAGUUUUGAAACCGGUGGUGUUUCUCCAGCAUGGUUUGCUGGGAGAUGGAAGCAACUGGGUCAUAAACUUUGCCCACAACAGUCUGGGCUUCAUCCUUGCAGAUGCUGGCUAUGACGUUUGGCUUGGAAACAGCAGAGGAAGCACUGAGUCCAGAAGUCACCAAAAUCUGACUGUAGGUCAAGAAGAAUUUUGGGCUUUUAGUUUUGAUGAGAUGGCCAAGUAUGAUCUUCCAGCUGUGCUCACCUUCAUUCUGAAGACAACUAGACAACAGCAAUUAUACUACAUUGGCUAUUCACAAGGUGCUGCAGUUGCAUUUAUAGCAUUUUCAACAAUGCCAGAGUUGGCUCAAAAGGUCAAAAUGUUUUUUGCCUUAGCUCCUGUGACUAGAAUUAAGUAUGCCAGAAGCCCUGCAAUAAAUGUUCUUCGCCUUCCAGAAAGACUCCUCAAGGCUGUGCUUGGGAAAAGAGAAUUCCUUACCCAGAAUGGAUUGCUCAAAAAGAUAGUUAGUGCCUUCUGUAGCCGGAGAUUAUUGAACAGUCUUUGUGGAAAUGUCUUCUUCCUUUUCAGUGGAUAUAACACAGAAAAUUUAAAUAUGAGCCGAGUAAAUGUGUAUGUUGCUCGGCUACCAGCUGGAACAUCUGCUCAGAAUAUACUGCACUGGAGCCAGGCUUUCCAUUGUGGACUAUUCAAAGGUUAUGACUGGGGUGAUGAGACCAAGAAUAAAGAAAAGCACAAUCAGUUUAUCCCUCCUUUAUAUAAAGUGGAAGAUAUGACUGUGCCAACUGCAGUAUGGUCUGGAGGAAAAGACCUGCUCUCAGACUCCAAAGAUGUUGCUAUAUUACUCAGCCAAAUUAAAAACCUUGUUUCCCAUCAAUCAAUUCCGGAAUGGGCUCAUCUGGAUUUCAUCUGGGGCAUGGAUGCACCUCACCGCAUGUAUAAUGAAAUCACUGAUCUGAUGAAGCAACAUGCAUAAUCCAAUGCAAAAAUGUGGCAGCGUGGAGCAACAGUUUGACACUUUCCACAUCAGCAGAAGCAUCCUGAAGUUUUCUUCUUUUAAAAAUGUACAGUCCACUGAGUUCAGUGGGACUUAC